AUGGCGGACGUGCCCCGCGCCGACGAAACCUCGCCGUUUCUCCAGCGGCCGCCGGUGGCCAGAUCGGCGUCCUACGACAGCGACGGCCACCCCGUGGCCGCACGGAAACUCACGCUCUUCAACGGCCUCGCCAUUGUCAUCAGUCUCCAAAUCGGUUCCGGAAUCUUUAGCGUCCCUUCGCAGAUCAGCCAGUUCGUCACGGCGCCGGGUUACGGCCUGCUGGCAUGGCUCUUUGGCGGUCUACUCGUGUGGACGGGCGCGGCGUCCUUCAUCGAGCUUGGGCUCCGCAUCCCCAACAACGGCGGCAUCCAGGAGUACCUGCGAGCAUGCUACGGUGAGUUCGCCGGCUUCCUAUUCACGUGGGUGUGGUGCAUCAUCAUCAAGCCCGCCGCGAACUCCAUGAUCGCAACCAUCUUCGCCGACUACCUUACCGAGGCUUUCGUUGCGGACCAGGAAGCGCUGUCGCCGUGGAUAUCAAAGGUGGUGGCGGCCGGUUGCAUCGUGACCAUGACGCUCGUCAACUGCAUGGGCGCAACCGCGGGCGCCAAGGCUGCCAACCUGUUUCUCUUUCUCAAGGUGGCAGCUCUUGCUGCGAUCGUUGUUCUCGGCUGUGGUGUCUGGGCCUUUGGUCACGGGGAGGGGGUCCCGUCGUCCGAGUAUGGCUGGUUUGGACAGGCGCCCGAGCAGCGAGAAAUCGGUCUCUGGGAAUGGCUUGGAGACUUUGGAACGGCCACAUUCGGGGCAUUAUGGUGCUACGCUGGCUGGGAAAUGGUCGGCUUUGUUUUGGGAGACAUGAAAGAUCCCAGGAGGGAUCUGCCAAUCGUGAUCAAUGGCUCCAUGAUUGUGGUGAUCAUCGGCUUCAUGCUGAUGAAUGCUGCUCUGUACGUCUGCCUACCCAUGAGUGUCAUGAGGACAAGUAGCACAGUGGCAGUGGAAUUUGCCAACAGAAUCCUCGGCAACUGGGCCGGACUUGUCUUCUGCCUGGUAGUGUCUGUUUCGGCAAUGGGCGCCCUGAACUCGAACGUAUUCGCCACCGCCAAACUCGUUAUAGUUGCAAGCCAACGGGGAUAUUUCCCUGCCAUCUUGGCGAAUUUGCACUGCAGUCAUGAGAAGGACGAGGCUGCUUGUGUGGACGAGUACAUGGCUUCUCUGCCCAGGCUGGCCAAGGUCCCGAUCAAGGGCUUUUUGUCCUGGACUCGAAACCGGCGUUGGCGGAGAAAUGUGCCUCUGCUGCCCCUGUUGCUGAAUUGCGUGUUGUCGGUGGUGUAUGUGGUUGUUGGAAGCUUCAAUGGGCUUGUCACGUUUAUUGGCCUGGCGGCGUACACGAUCUUCUUCUCUUCGGCAAUUGGGCUCAUUGUCCUCCGUCGUAGAGAUGCCCGCAACCCGCCGGCAAAUGCUGCCGAGUACAGCACUUGGCUCAUAAAUCCCAUCAUUUUCAGCGCUAUUAGUGGUCUGCUGGUGGUCCGAGGAGUCAUCUCGGAACCUGUGCAGGGAGGGGCUAUUCUCUUGGUCGCCAUUUUUGGGGUAGUCUUCUUCUCGCUCAGGUUCGGGUUACGCGGCUUCACCCACACUGAAGCCAGCUGA